UGAAAUUGAAUGAAAGCUUCCUCGUGUGUCAUCACCGGAGAGGCACUCGAAACACAAGAAAAAACUGGAAAUCCAUCACCAAUCAGUUCUCUCUACGGUUGAUAGUUGAUGUUGUCAGUGACGGGUUAAUACCAUUAAGUUACGCAUACGCAAGACGCACUCAUCUCCACUCCAAAGGAAUUGAGUAGUGUCUGCCAUAUUCGCACAAGUGAAGAAAAUAAAACAAAACCUUGUUGGCUGAUUUACUGUAAGACGUGAUGGAUCUGGACUACGAUAAUAUCUACUUGAACAAAUUACCGAUUACGGCGGCAACGGGAGAUAGUGCCUGGAACCAUUAUGCCUUGGUGGAAAGUACCUGGGGAGACAGAAAAAUUUUGCUUAAAAUCAUCGUUUUCAGUCCGAUUUACAAUACUCCGUUAAGCUUUUUGAGUGAAAUUGACCACGAAGUGUUACAGCAGACGGCAAUUCGGCUGGAGAAAAGUUUAGAGGAAUUCCUGACUGAAACAAAGACUGCACUCUGCACGGAUGGUGGUGCAUCCGGGUUCAGUUAUUCCGUUGAAGACAACAACUUCGUUUGGCGGAAAAUUGGUGGUCCACUGACGGUAACGUAUGGGUCGGUCAUCCUGCUCCGAUCACCUUGUUUGCUGUCGGAUGUUCUGCAAAAUUCAAUCAAUGUCCAAAGUCACCUCCGCGGUGUGAUUGAACUGCGAAAUCGAAUUUUGUUGGAACUGAAGGAAGAACACGAGGAGUUGCUUGAGUUUCAACGUCAGCAGGAAGAGGAUAACCGUCUGUACGAAAUCGAACUGAUAACCAAAUGUAUCAGCAUCCUGAAUGAGAAGAAAGAAGUGAUAAAUCAUAUGAAAAAACAACUGGCCGAUGAUGACGAUGAGGAAAUCGGGCUCGAAAGACAACCGCAGCACCAGCGACCGGAAGAAAUCGGUGACUGUUCCGAGGGACGCCCGGUGGUUCCGAUUGCUUCAACUACGCACGAUACUGAAUCAGUAGGACGAAAGAGCUCUUCGGUUAUCGAUUUCAGCGACUCGGAUGCUUUCGAUAGUCCGCUACACGAGCAAGAGGAACUCGAACACAAUCUUCCCAAACGAACAAAAUUCCAGCUGGUAGCUCCGAGAAACACAACAUCCACGUCGGCUUCGUCAUCUACGGUUACGUCGAAGAACAUCGACACGGUCGGCGAUGGGAUCGACGCUUACAACAAGGAUACCGAGGAACUGCUGCAGAAUAUGUAGGAUUGGUGAACAUGUCCACGUGUUGUGCGAGAUUUUUUUUUGCUAAAGCGAUUUUUAAGUGCAAUUUUACGUACUCUAAUUUUAACUGGUUAGAACCAUUAAAUUAUUAUACACUAUGUGACGAAUCGAUUAAAUUAUUUAAACUUUAUUCUAUGUAAGGAUCACCACUCAGAUUCUCAUUACUCGUGCGUGUUUUGUUCAUUUGAAAAACGUAACAUCGUAUCAUUCAUGUGUCAUAAUAUCAUCCAACAUUUAAUAAAUAAUAAACUUAUAUAUGGUAAU